UUAUUGUUAUAUAAAUGGAAAGUAGGCUAUAGAGACUCACUCUGGUCUUCCCUUCCGUCAAUUCACCUUGCUCAGCCCAAUCUACCACUGCCAAAACCUCCCUGCACAGACUCACUCCACACUCACACCAUCCACAGGUACUCUCUCUCUCUCUCUCUCACUCCACACUCACACCAUCCACAGACAUGACUCUGCUUGGUGCUCUAAUUUCCAUUGGAGGAAGCGUUGCUGGAGUAUUGGUGCAGCCAGUUGGGCGUCAAGUCGGUUAUGUGUUCCAUCGAGUGAAAUACAUUGCAGAUCUGCAAGAGCAAGUUCAAAAUUUAGAGGCUCAGAGAAAAGAUGUGCUCGACUCCAUCGAUGCAGCAACAAGGAAUAGAGAAGAAAUUCUACAAAUUGUCAAGAAUUGGAUUGACAAAGUUAAUGGGUUCAUUCUACAGGCUAAAGAGUUUCUCCAAGGUGGUACCAAUGUGAACCAAAAAUGUUUGAAUGGGUGGUUUCCUGAUUUGGUCACACGACGCCGGCUAGGUAAAGAAGCAAAAAAUAAAGCAGAGGAGGCUAAAGAGCUGGGAAAAGAAGGCAAAUUCAGUAACAGCAUAUCCAAACCUGCUCCUCCCUUGGGGAUAGAGUCCAUACCCUCUGAACAGCGUGUGCCUUAUGCUUCUAGAAAUUUGGCAAUGACGAACGUAAUGGAGGCACUAAUUGACAACAAGAUCAACUUCAUUGGAAUACAUGGUAUUGGGGGCAUUGGAAAGACAACUUUGGUAAAAGAAAUCGGCAAAAAAGCAAAAUCUGAUAAGUUUUUUGAUGAUGUUGUGAUGGUUGUAGUGUCUCAGAACCCAGACAUUAAAAACAUUCAAGGUCAAAUAGCUAGCAUGUUGGGUUUAACCAGAUUAACUGAUCAACAACGUGAAAUUGAAAGAGCAAGCAUGUUGUGUGCAAGACUUAAGGAUGUGAAGAAGAUCCUUGUUAUAUUGGAUGAUGUUUGGGCCAAACUUAAUUUGGCAGCCGUGGGCAUUCCAUUUGGCGAUGAUCACCAGGGUUGCAAAAUCAUAAUCACAACACGGCGUAAGCAAGUAUGCAAUUCCAUGGGAAUGGAAAGGCUGAAGACAAAGAUUGUUCAUCUCGGUGUUUUACAUGAAAAAGAUUCAUGGGAUUUGUUCAAAAAGAAUGUUGGCGAUGUUGUUGACUCUAACGUGUUGACUGUCAUCGCUAAUGAGGUUUGUAAAGAAUGUGGAGGCCUGCCAAUAGCACUUGUUACGGUUGCAAGUGCAAUGAAGGGUAAAGAUGACCCUACUUUAUGGGAUGAGGCAGCUCGAGAACUGAGAAAAUCAAUGCCAACAAACAUUGAAGGUGUCGAUCAACAUGUGUACAAAUGUCUUAAGUUGAGCUAUGACUACUUGCAAGAUGAGGAAGCCAAGGCUUGCUUCUUGCUUUGUUCUCUAUUUCCCGAGGAUCAUGACAUCUUAAUAGAAGACUUGGUACGAUAUGGGAUGGGGUUGAGGGUAUUCAAAAAAGUUGAUACAAUGCAUGAAGCCAGGGGCAGAGCAAAGUCGGUGACCAGCAAUCUCAUAGAUUCCUGUUUGUUAUUAACUAGUGAUAAACGAGAUUGCAUUAAAAUGCAUGAUGUUGUACGUGAUGUUGCCAUAGAUAUUGGAUCCGAAAAGUAUUUUGUAAGAGCUGGUUGCAAUUUGAAUGAUUGGCCGAAGAUCGAAAGUUUGGAUCAAUGCAUUGGCAUAUCAUUGAUGAGAAAUCAAAUUAGUCUCCUUCCCGAGGUCUUGGAAUGUCCAAAGCUCCAAAUAUUACUAUUACAAUACAAUAAAAAUAAAUGGUCAUGUUCACAUGAAUUCUUUUCAAGGAUGAAUGCACUUAGUGUUUUAGAUUUGAGCCAACGACUUGAUAAUCCAAUUCGUAGUUCUGAUGCUUUCAAUAACCAAGCGUGUCUUCGAACAUUAGUUCUUGACGGAAUUAAGUUUGGGGACACUAAAUUUCUUGGACAGUUAAAGAUGCUUGAAGUCCUUAGCCUCAGGCAUGCCUGCUUUUCUGAGGCACCAAAUGAUAUAAGGGAGUUAACUAAUCUAAGGUUGUUGGACAUGACUGAAAGUCGUCAUGAAUUUCCAAUUCCGGCCGCAAUGGUAUUGCCUUUAUUCCAUUUGGAGGAGUUGUACUUGUUUGGCAUCGCAUCUUUGAGUAUCGCAUACCCUGCAGUGGAAGUAGUUGUUGCACUAAGAUCUUUGCCUCGCCUAAAAUUGCUAACCAUUUCCAUACCUGACAUUGCGUAUAUACCUAAGGACUUUGUUUUUCCUGAGCUGGAAAGUUUUAUUAUUUUUAUUGGAAAAUCAAGUAUUGAUGGUCCGAAUGAAGAUUGUUCCCCAAAUUAUUUGGGACUUGGAAAUUUGGUUGGAACCAUGGUUAAUUGGAGUAAAUGGCUAAAGAUGGUGUUGAAUAGAGUUACACAUCUGAGGAUUGAAAAUUGUUUUGAAUUGGAAUACUUGAUCAACACAGAGGAAUGGGGGAUUUCAUCACAGGCACAACCACGUGAUCUGCAAUCGCUCUUCAACCUGGAAGAAUUGGGACUCGUCAAGUUGGAUAGUUUCAAAGGGAUAUGUGCAGCAAGUGCACUUACUACUUCCAGCUGGGUGUGCUUCCCAAAGCUCAGAAGGUUGGAUGUUUGCGAAUGUCCUUCACUAUCAACUGUUCUUCUUCCAUUCAAUUUGCUUCAAAGGCUACAACAUUUGGAGUGGCUUUGGGUAGGAGAAUGCGAGAAAUUGGAACAAGUAUUUGAUUUUGGUUCUGAAGGAGAAGGCAUGAAGCUGCUUUCUAGUUUGAGAGAUUUAUAUCUAAUGAAGUUGCCUAGAUUGAAGCAUUUAUUGAACUGCUCUAGUCGUCAACAUGUGCAACUCUGCAACCUAAGAUCUUUGUAUGUCGAUACAUGUGACAAACUGAAAUAUGUCUUCCAACCUUCCAUUGCUGAAGCUCUUCAUCAACUUGAAUCCCUUUCGGUAAUGGACUGUGAAAAAAUGGAGGAAAUUGUUGCUGCCAAGCAAAACGAAGGGCACGAAGAGAAAGUGGACUACAAGAUGGUGUUCAAAAGUCUCAAAGAAAUUUGCCUUAUAGAUCUUCCAAACCUAAGCGGUUUCUGCACAGGAGGAGACGACUUUCCUUUUGACUGGCCAUCCUUGGAACAACUUGUGGUGAAAGAGUGCCCCAAAAUGAAGACUUUCGCUGCCACUACUUCCGACAGCACACCAAAUCUGAAGGAAGUUGUAUUGGAUGAUGAAUUCGUGAUACCGCUACAGGGGAUGGACUUGAAUCAGUAUGUGCAAACCCAUAUCAUUUCAAAGCCACCUAAGGCAAGAGAUACUGACACUUCUGAAAAUGAAAUCUAAUUGUGAACCAGAUUAUUAAUUUAUGAGGAAUAACUCUCAUGAUUGUCAACCAUAAAGAAUGUUGAGCUACUCCCUAUGGUUAUGUGAUGUCUACCUUAGGAUUUUAUUGUGUAAGGGCAUACGUUUCCUAUGAUUUGUGUUUCUAAAUGAUUGUCUUGCUUUGCAAUAUCAAAACUACUACUCGUUAAAGGUAUGUUUACCUAAUGUGUGCUGAAGAUUUGAAGAGUGAAUAAAGGGGAAAAAAGAGUACCCAACAUGUGUAAAUUUACUUUCUUUGCAUUGUAAUGGAGUUUGUAUCCAAAAUUAUUUGUCUCAAUUAACAAUAUUAUAUAUUUGUUUUCA